CGUUUCGUUUAUCAAUUUUAUCAAUCAUCAAUACGGUGACAAGUUUGUUUUAAUUUCAUUCCUUCGUUCGAUAAGUUAUCCAAAAGAGCAUCAAGUUUGAAAGAGAAAAAAUUUUUUUUAUCAUCAACAAUCUCAAGGUCCAUCUAUGAUCGUGGUUUUUUUCUUGGUUAUAAAAAACUUGUUUCUGUUGUUAACAGUUAACGAGAAAGAGAGAGAGAGAAAAAAAAAUUUAAAAUCGGAUGACAUCUUUAAAUUCCAGAAAUAUAAAUUUCAUCAAACAUUAAUAAAAUUUUCAAAUCAAAAGUAUUUUCUUUUCAUAUCUUGAUCAUUCAUUCAUCAUCUGCAUCACCAUGAAAAAAAUCAUUGAAUGUGUACCGAAUUUUUCCGAAGGUCGAAAUCGUCAGAUUAUCGAUGCAAUUGCCAAUGCAAUUCGUUCGGUUCACGGUGUCACACUGUUGGAUGUAGAUGCUGGCCAAUCAACUAAUCGUACCGUGUACACGUUUGUUGGUGAUCCAGAUACAGUAAUUGAUGGUGCAUUAGCUGCUGCACAUGUUGCACAGGAAUUAAUCGAUAUGAGUAAACAUCAUGGUGAACAUAAACGAUUAGGAGCAAUGGAUGUUUGUCCAUUCAUACCGGUCAGCGGUGUAACCAUGGAUGAUUGUGUCGAUUGUGCUGAGCGAUGUGCCAAACGAUUAGCAUCGGAAUUGAAUAUUCCCGUAUAUCUUUAUGGUUUCGCUUCCAAACAGGAUUAUCGACGAGAAGUACCACAAAUUCGAAGUGGAGAAUAUGAAGGUCUUAUGGAAAAAUUGAAAGAUCCAUUAUGGAUGCCGGAUUUCGGGCAACCAGUAUUUAGACCAAAAUGGGGAGCUUCGAUUGUUGGUGCAAGAAAAUUCUUGAUUGCUUACAAUGUAAAUCUAGUAUCGACGAAAGAACAAGCACAUCGUAUAGCAUUGAUGAUUCGUUCAAAUCGUAUGGAUGGUCAAAAAGGACGAUUAGAAGGUGUACAGGCGAUGGGUUGGUAUUUGAAAGAACAAAAUAUAUCCCAAGUUACAGUGAACAUAUUGGAUUAUGAAAUCACAUCCAUACAUCAGGUUUAUGAAGAAGUUCGUAAAGAGAGUUUGAAAUUAAAACUACCUGUAACCGGUAGUGAAAUAGUUGGUCUUAUACCAUUGAAAGCUCUAAUGGAUGCAGCAGAAUUUUAUAUUGAAAAAGAAUCAUUAUUCGUGUUGGAAGAAGAUCAAAAAAUUCAUUUGGCCAUUAAUCGAUUGGGUUUGAAUUCGAUUGGAACAUUCGAUCCAAAAAAGCGUAUCAUUGAAUAUCUUAUAAAAGAAGAUGAUCCAAAUAAAUUGGUGAAUCAAACAUUUGCCAAUUUUUCAUGGAUGGUUGCUGAUCGUACUAGUGCACCAGGUGGUGGAUCAGUUGCAGCUGCUGUAGCAUCACUGGGUUGUGGGUUAUCAUCAAUGGUGGCUAAAUUAUCGUAUGGCAAAAAAAUGUUUGAACAUACUGAUACUCAAAUGCGUCGCAUAAUACCCCCAUUACAUAAUGCUGUAGCCAAAUUUCUAUCAUUGGUCGAUGAGGAUACAAAUUCAUUCAAUAAAUAUUUUGAAGCUCGUGCUUUACCACAAGAUUGUCAAGAGAACAUCAACAAGCGAAAAUUGGCAAUGGAAGCCGGUCUUCGUCAUGCCAUCGAAAUACCGAUGACAACUGCAAGAAUCAUAACAAAAUUAUGGCCAAUCAUUGAAGAAUUGGUGGAAUUGUUUCAUCUGCCUACCAGUAGUGAUAUAUCAGUCAGUGUUCAUUGUCUAAGAACCGCUGUAUAUGGUUGUGCGUAUAAUAUAUUCAUCAAUUUGAAAGAAACGGAUAAAACAUCGACACUUCGUGAAGAGAUGGGCAACGAAAUUCGUGGCCAUAUCGAUAUGGCUGAAAAAAUGACGGAAAAAAUUUUGGCUCGCGUUGAAGAACGAAAUCCAAUUAUGAAUACGAUGGCUGAUUUGGUUAACGAUAAUAAGCCAAGAACCGAUAAUGCUUUGGUUAAUGGUUAAUACUCAUAAACACGAUUCCCCCAAUCUUUCCAAAACUUGUUACAGAUUACACAAAUGAAAUAAAAGACAAAUCCUACUAAGAUUCAUGAUCAUAAAUAAAUUUGCAGGUGCUUCAUUUGAAAACCA